AAACUCAGUUUCUUCCCUUAUUAAACGGAACCAAUAUAUUCCUAUUUUCUUGCUUAUUAACAGAAAAAAAAUUUACAAAGGAAAAAAUAUACAAAACAAAAAUUACAGAAGAAGAAUGGGGAGUUUCCUUGAAAUUCUUUGUGCAGUUCUCAUACCUCCUGUCGGUGUAUUCCUCAGAUUUGGGUGCGGGUUGGAGUUUUGGCUCUCUUUGCUCCUGACGUUCUUUGGUUUUAUCCCUGGAAUGGUAUAUGCUAUAUGGGUUCUUACUAAAUAGAAACCAAGGAUUUUUUUUUUUUUUUUAAUAUUUUCUUUCCAUUAAAACAAUUUAUCACAGGUUUUCAGAUUGUCGUAAUAUGUACUCAAUCAGUUGUUAUCUUUGAUCUCUCUGUAAUCUAACAAUAGUUUUUUUUUGAUAUAUUAGUAAAGUAAAUCCAAGCAAUUCCCAGAAAUGCUAUGAAUAUCUUUUUUUUUUUUAACGUCGAAAGACUAUUCUAUUACUCAAACUUGAAGUAGUCUGGGUAACCAAACUGGAAUAGAACAACCAAUAAAAUGUACUCUCUAUGGAAGGAUCUAGCAGUCUUAGCUAAAAAAUCUGAAAUAUGAUUACGCGCUCGUGGAACAUGAAUGAUAUUGAAAUCCAGGAAGCAUAUCUGUAGCGUCUUUAUCCUCUCAAAUUCCGUUACAAAUCUUAGCGAAGCCUGAGGUUCCUUUAUCAUUGCGAUCAGCUCAUUACAGUCUGUUUUGAAACUCUGACAUGUUGAAUGAUGAUGCAUAUUCUCCAUCGCCCAUCGCAGCGCUUCUACUUCCGAAUGCAAGGCUGAUUCACGUCGAGUGAAAUUUCUUGUCCCCAUAAGUUGAAAGUUCCCACCACUGUCCAUCAAGACCCAUCCGCAUCCACUAAAAUGAGCAGUGGAUGUCCAAGAUCCAUCAAUCAAGCAUAUAUUACCCAAGCUUAUGACUUGAGGUUCUUCAGUAUUGUUAUCUUGUAUCACUGGUUGUACCACUUCAUUAGCAUCAAACCAUGCUUGGCAUUCACUUUCUGCAGGUCGAACUAGCUCAAAAGGAUCUCUAUCUAUCCCUCUGAAAAGUUUGUCAUUCUUACCCUUCCAAAUAUACCAGAUUAUCCAGGGAUAAGGAUCCCUAUCUUGUUCUGGCUCGAUAAUAUUGUUUUUUUCUCCAGAAUAUGUAGUCCAUAUUUGUGUAGACGCUUGGUACUGAAAAUAUAUUUGGGCUUGUUGGAGUUGAUGAUAAUGACCAAACUUGGAGAGCAGACGGACACUCGAAUAUGGCAUGGGUUACAGUUUCUUCUGGUUCUCCACAUCGUGGGCAGUAGUUGUCACACCUCAUAUUGCGUCUUGUUAAGUUCCUUGUUACUGCCACAUGACCAAUUAACAAUUCCCAUAUAAGAUGACAUAUCUUCGUAUGCGCCUUUAACUUCCAAGCAAAUGCUUGAAGCUUAGUGAUACUUGGCUCCAAAACUUCCUUGUCUUCCUCUGUCUUUAAUAAAUUCUGAGCCACCCAAUAUCCUGAUUUAACCGUAUAUUGGCCAUUCCUUGUGUAGUUCCAGCAGAAUGUAUCACGACGAUGAGUUGUGCUUAUGGCCAAACUUCUUAUGAGUGGUAUAUCCUCAAGAUUGACAUAGCUCUCCAAUUAACCAACAUCCUACUCCUUCAGUUGCUGAUCAAUGAGAUCACUGACUCUCAUAUUAGGAUGCACAACUGGCGCUAGGGGGAUAGCAGGUCUCGUAGGGGUCGUAGGAAUCCAUGGGUCCUCCCACACCUUGACUUCAUAACCUGAAUAUAUCUUCUGUCUGAUUUCCAGCAGUAACAACUUCCUUGCACAAGAAAUGCUUGUCCACACAUAGGAUGGACUGCUAGCAGAGUUUAGUGGAGACCGGAUCUGUAAGGUUGUCAUUCAUUGCUCCAGUGAUCGUCAUAGGAACCUGAGCUAGUGCCUCUUCAAUGUCCUCUGGAUUUGAUGAUUCAAAGAUCUGCCUAAAGUAGCUAGUAGCAAUGGCUACUAAUCUUUCUUCAUCCUCAACUAAAUUUCCAUUUGCAUCUAGGAGCUGUGUGAUUUUAUUCUUUGCUCUUCUUUUCUUUGUUAAGUCUUGAAUUUUUUUUGUAUUUAUCUCUCCUUCUCUCAGCCAAAACACCCGACUCUUCUGUUUCCAAAACAUUACUUCUGCUUUAAUAGCAUCAGAGAGUUCCUUCAACGCUACUGUAAUUUCCUCAGUUGUAGCGUUAUCAUCUGCAUAUAAACCCUCCACUAAUUUUGCUGAGUUAACAUUAUGUUGUUUCCUCCAUUCGUUCAUGGCUUUUCUGCAACUGGAAAUAUGUUCUAUAAUACUCGCAUUGGGAGGGAGAUCAGGAGAUUUCCAUCCCUCAAGAAUAACUUGCAUCAGCUCUUCAUUAUCCAACCAUCUUUUAUCAAACUUGAUUUUUUUUAUCUCCUCAUUGGCUUUAUGAGUAUGUCUACACGAAUCGGACGAUGGUCCGAUCCUCAUAACCUCAUAUACUUCACAGUCUAGUGGGGAAACUUAUCAUGCCAAUCUGCAUUUCCGACUGCUCUGUCUAAGCGACAUCGAACAGUUGUUCCUCCUGCUCUCUUCCCUACCUGAUAGACCAUGGAUUUUACCCACUUUUAGUCAUGCUGUAUAAGUGUUUUAAUACAUAUUUACUAGUAUAUAGAGUCUAUUUAGAGUAUUUACAGGUACAUGUACGUUAUGGAGAAAUAUGGUGAUUUUGGAAUCUUUUGAGGUGCAGAACAGCACAAACGUGUCAGAUGUCUAGCUAUGGAUGGAGACCUUCCCACCGAUAUAUUGAGCCUAUCUAUUUAAAAAAGCUAUAGAUUUGAGUUAGCUUUCCAAUGCCACUGGUUUGAGGUCAAUCAGCAUCCUGUAGCAGAAGUUAUACAUAUUUUACUGAAGAGUGGUCAGUCUGCCUCACGAGAGGAAGUUGUCGAGAAGAGGAACGUAUGUCGAUCGAUGCAGAACUCAUGAUAUCGAUCGAUAUGGAUGCCAGAAUGCGGGCCGAGCAUAUUUUAUGACCGACUGAAGCCCAGAAGCAACCCCAAAUUACCAUAAUACCCUUGGACGACCAGAAAUCCUAUUUAUGUGUUUUGUAAGCCAUUAUUGACGGCUAAACUUUAUUUUUAUUCAUAGUUCUAGAUUAGGAGACAAGGGAGGAACUCCUUCAGAGUCCUCUUGGAACUCCAUUGUUUUGGUUAUCUAUUGCAUUUUCAUCUAUUCAUCUAUGAUUUAUGUGACAAACAUCAUGCAUGAGUAGAUCCACCUUCUAGGUUUAGGAAUUUCUAGGGUUUUGAAUGAAUUUCUGAAUUAUAUGAUUGUUAGGAUAUCUAAAGAUCUCUACAUCUGGAUUGCUUGUAAUACUAGGAUCUAGAGUAGUUGGAAAACCACGAGAGUGUGACUAAUUGCUUGAACCUAGAAUCAUAGGACAAUUGAGAGGCCCGAGAGUGCAAUCAAUUAACGGAACCCAAAUCCUGCUUGAUAAGAUACCUAGGCGCAUUUGAGAGUUGGUCUAGGAAUCAGUUGAACAUAAUCGAUCAUAUCGAUAACGCUUGCCUAAGGCAGUGUCGAUCGACGCAUAUACAGUAGCAUUGAUCGACACUCAAUCCGUAGCAUCGACCAACGCUCAUACCAUAGUAUCGAUCGACGCUCGAUCUGUGUUAACAUGCGAGAGCUGAAACACUGAACUUAGUCAAUACAUUAGAGUCACAGCGAGAGCUGGUUGUCUUUUGAAUUAAAUAUCGAGUUCUAGAAUCAAUCCUUAGCAUCUAUAGUGUAGAGUUCUAAUAACCUGAAUGAAACCCUAAGUCUAGUAACCAUCCUUCCAUCAAACAACUCUUUGUCAAGCUGAACAAUUGUCUUGUUCAACUUGUUUACUGUUUACUGCUUUGCAUAUCUUUAUUUACUGCUUUAAACCUAUUAGUCUAGCUUAAUCAAACUGAUUAGAUUUAAAUGGUUCCUGAGCUCCCUGUGAAUUCGAUCCCUAAGUACUACAACUCGACCUCUUAUUUGAAAGAGUAUAAAUCACUCCUUAGGGUAAUUUGAGUGAUAUCACUACCCAAGAAAGCAUGUCCCCCGUGAAAGGAAACUCUAGCAUCCCAUAGUCAUUAAGCAUUUGCUUAAAGGGGAGGAAUGAACUAUCAGGACGUUGUAUCCCUCCUUCUUUCUCAUUAUGACCUGUGAUUUCAUUAAAAUCUCCUAUCAUGAACCAAGGUCCAUUUUUUGUUGUUGAGAAAUGCGUAAGACGUUUCCAAACUUGAUCUCGUUUUUCUAGUACAGGAUCCCCAUAAACAAACGUCAUAUAGACUUUUAUUCCAUCAAUUUUUAUGAAAUUGAUAAUUUCUCCAAGAAUUUGUAGUCCAGUAAAUUACAUUGUCUUUCUACUCGAUUUUCAUUGUGUUUUUCGUAUUCAUUUUCUGUGAAGAACUGAUUUGAGACUCAAAAAGUGUCAGUGUAUUUGCUUCUUUUCUCGGAUAAAUGUUUGUAUAUGUUUUCCAAAAUUCUGUUAAUGUUACUUUCUCUUUUCAAACUGUACAUGUUAUUAAUCAUAAAAGUAGCUGAAUUAUUAGAACAACACCCAAUUACAUUUGCAAGAUUUGAAUAAAUCUCUUUAAAUAACUGAACGUUAAAUGGAUAUAAAUGUAGGAAAAACAGAAAAGUUGUAAAAAAAUUGAAACUAAUAAAUCUUAUAAUGUGUUCUAAGAAUUAGGCAAAGGUCAUUAAAUGGCGGUCUACCAAGGGCUAUUAGUAGAGAUGUCAAAUGGGGUUAACAAAGAUCAAAUCCAAAUGAUUUGACUAUAUUAGACCCAAAAAUAAAAUUAUGAAUUGGAUUGAAAUUCAUUAACUCCAAAUUAGAUGAGCUAAAACUAUUUGGACAUAUGCGUCCAAUAAACCUAAGAAUAUAGAGUUUUUUAAGUUGAGAAAAAAAUUUAAAAAAUAAAAAUCAGAAAAUAAAAAAAAAACAUUUUUCCCACCAAAUUUGGAAAACUAUAUUUUCCCACCAACUGUAAAUCACAUUUUCUGCCAAAACCAUAAAAUCACGUUUUUCGAAAAUUUUGUAAUAGCCUAUUAGUCUUUCGUUGAAUCAUGGUAGUGUGGUGUUGCAACAAACUGGUCAUGUCUUAUCAUGUUAACCAUCUCAGGAAUGAUAAUCUUAUUGAAGAAUAAUGUUUUUCAAGUUUAUUACUUCUUUCUAAACUCUUAUAUCCCGACUUCUUUUUUCAGUGGAAUGCUUGCAAUUAACUUUGUGUUGUUGAUGUAUGUUCCAUUCUUCAUGUAUCCUUUUACGGGUAUGAAAAAGGUUGACACAAAUGGGAAGUAGCACAUGAUAUUUUAAGAGGGCAAAACAAUAACUCAAGAGUAAGAUCAUUCAUAGCCCCGUCUUCGGGGCCCAUGUCCAUGUGCUACUCUAUCUAAAAUAAAGGAAAGCCUAGGGCUGGACCUGCUGUUCCAAGCGAGUCGUUAGUGCUGUUGUCAAGGCGUCGAGGCGGGCUGCUAGGGUUCCCACUGUGUCGCCAAGUUGCUGUAUGGAGGCUUGCGUAACUUGCGUCGACACGUGCGUUGCCGUCUGCAUCUCGACAAUUAGGGCUCGAAGCUCAGUGAAUUCUGUUGUGGUUCCUUCAGGGAGCUGUUCCCGAUUGUCACUACCCGAACCUCCUGUUUUCUUUGUCAUUGAAAACGAGAAAUUAUUUCCCAAAACGUACUGAUUCUGAUACCAACUGAUAGAGAGCGGAAGCUUAAGUAACAAGUAACCUAACAAGAACUUGAAAAGAACAUGUGAGAUCAAUAGAUUCUUGGCGCGUUGAUACUCUCAACGAAACAAGAAGGUCUUUUGAUAUUGACGAUACUCUCGGCAAGAUCAAAAUAGGGCUAGAGUACUCCUCUAAGUGCUUUUGCAAGCUCUGUAUAAAAACUGUGGUUUUAUUAUUCAAAGUAAGGUGGUUCAAUACAAGCUUAGAGAUUGCUAUUUAAACUAAACGAAAGACCUAAUGCUAGUCCGAAAAGGACGAAAGAAAUCCUAAACAGAAAAGGAAACAUAAAACUUAGAACACAAGUAAGGCCGUUAUGUAUAGAGGCCCAACGUAAUGACGGUGCGCUGCAUCACCCAUAAGUAAUUCCUUUUUGAAGCUUAUACAACAACAACUUUAUCAAGAGCCGCACUCGUCACUAGAUGGACAUAGACAUGCGGUUUCAGUUUAUUCAGUUAUUUCGGUUCAUGUAUCUUUUUGGGUUCACCCACAAUCCCACCGAAGUUAACUGGAAAUUCCCGCACCAGUUUCUAUUAGAAUUCGACAGUUUUAAGUUACAAAUCUGCAGAUUGCAAAUUCAAACAUUAUCUCUCGUAGUAUAACAUACAUAUGUAUUAAUGUAUAUUAUAUGCUUCUGAGUUUGGUAAUGGUUAAAAAUUCAGUCAACUGCCGUGUUCUUUGUCCCUCAACAAAGAAGUUUUGUGAAGUUUUAGAUUCGAUGAUUCUUUGCAACGUAUGAAAGAAAACCUAGCCUCACUGAGGAGCAGGCCAGCGGAGAACAUCAUGAUGAGUGAACAUUGUUAAGAGGAUUUUUUUUACACUGGUUAAUUAUGAUGUAUAAUUGAUCAGGUGUCUCUGUACCUAUACACCAUUCUUUUUAUUAUUCGGUAUCUUAGUUAUUAUUGUUAUCCGCUGAUGAUAUUGCAAUUUUGUAACAAAUGGAUAAGAUCUUUUCUUUUAUACGAUUUUAUAUAUAUCAUCAAAUUGUUUAGUAAAGGAUGUGUCCUUUUCCGAUGCACCUUUUGAAAAAACCUCUUUUAAUUUCAAAUGAUGGAUGCUUUCACACGCCUCUCUUAAAAAGAAACACAUUUUCAUAUAUGCUUUUUUAAUUUCUGAACGACACAGUCUUUCACACUUUUCUUUUGAUUUUUGAAAUAUGCACAUUUUUAGUAAGUUAGAAAUUCUUAACUUGAGAAAGAAAGAAACAAGAAAAAUGGAGAAGCGCUUAAUUGAGAGUGAGAAUGACAAAGAGAGAGAUCAUCAAAUUGUUUUAGCAAAAAACGUAUCCUUCUCUGACAAACCAUUUAACACACUUCUUUUUAUUUUUAAAUGAUGCACCUUUUCAUACGCCUCUUUUAUUUGUAUUUUAAAUGAUGACUUUUUUCAUGUUCUUUUUAAAAGACAUUAGAAUUUUUAACACAUUUUACAUAUAAAAAUUUAUGAGUCUAUUAGAAGUCUAUUUUUAAUGGGUAACAUGUUUACCACUUUCAUCCUACCACUUUUCAUUUUUACUACCACUAGACAUUCUUUUUAUAAAUAAGAAACUAUUUCCUUAUUAGAAAAGAUCUUCUCCUCUUCUUAGACUAACAAUAUAUUUUCAUAGAGAUUUUAUAUUUUAAGGUUCAAUUUACUUUGUAAUCAUCUUUGUAAUGAACCUUUAAAUCAAUAAAACCUCUUUUAUGUUCUUUUUCCAUUUGAUUUCAUUUCAAGAUUCUCCUAAACCUCAAAAAAUCUAAUCACUAUCAUUAGAUUUUUUUUAUUGUAUUGAUUCAACAAAAAUCACCAGCAUAAACACCAUUUUGGAUCAAACAAACUUGAGGUGUUUGUGAGUAAAAAAUUGCUCUAGAAUAAGAGCUCUGAUGAGAUUGAGUUAGAAGAAAUGGUUAGAGUAGCUUUAUUGUGUUUGAAUGCUCGUAGAAAAAAACUUUUUUCCUGGACAUAGACCAAAGAGGUCAAAAGUUUGAAUGCUCGCAGAAAAUGGACUUGCCGAGAGAUGAGAAGCUUCUUUAAAAAUCAAACAGUUAAAAAACUUGAAAAAGAAGAUGUUUAUGUUCUUGAAUCUGACAGCUUCAUGUUUCUCUUCUUUUCAUUUGUAUAAUACGUAAAAUAUAAGGUUUUUUGUUGGUAAUAUUGUCUCUGUAAUUGUGUAGGUUAAAUUAUUAUGUAAGAAGUUUUGAUCUAUUGUAUUAAAGAGUUAGGGUUAGAUGAUACUUGUUUUCUUGAAAUUCAAAGUUCAGCGUUUAGAGUUUCAAAUUUGAGAAUGCAACUUAUUAUAUUUAUACCACAUAAACUAAAAACAAAAUAAACUAAAGUACCAAAUAUGCAUUAGCUUUUUGACUAUUGAGUUGGGUACGUUUACAAUUGUUUUGUCAUUCUUUUCAACUUACGAAUCCACAAAAUUAAAUUCCAAUUUGCCAAACGUUUAAGACCAUUCAAAUAAAUGUGUUUUUGCCGUCGGGUGGCCGGUGGCUCGUCUUGACAAAAGACAAAAACAGAGUUUAACCUAGAUCUCGUCGGGUGGCCGGUGGCUCGUCUUGCCGUCGGUCACCCCGCUGUUGUUCUUCUUUUCUUUUGUUCGUCCUUCUUCCUCAGUCUUCUCCCGUCAAGAUGUGUGCUGCUCUGGGAUGGCUCAAGCUUCUGUGGAGUUGCUCGUAGUGCUCCGUUUUAGGGAGUUCAGGCCGGAUCUGGAGUUGCUGUGAGGCUGGUGUCGAGGGCUGGGUGCAGAGGGUCGUCGCGGUUGGGAGAUUCUUACUCCUAGCUCCAGAUCUGAAGUUCUGAGCGGAUGGGUGUUGUUGCGGUGGGGUUCGUGAGGCGUUUGAGGACGGCGUCAAUCUUCUCCACCAGUCUUUAACUCCAUCAUCUUAGGUCUUUUAGAAAUUUUAACGGUUGCUGGUUGUUGAAUCUUGGAGGUUUAUGGUUCGUGGUCCGUCGAAGGUCGUGGUAGAGACCCUUAUCUACAGCGGGUAGGCGGUGGUUUGGUUCCCGUUUGGUUAGAUUUGUGGUUUUUCUGUCGCGUUGGCUUGUCUGUUGUUUGUGGCGACGAGCAGCUUUGCCGCCUUCUGUGUGGCUUGGAAGCGAGGUGUGCUGCUGUUAUGUGGUGGCGCGUAGGAUGCUCUAGGCACGUCUAGAGUUGUUGUGGCAGCGCGUCGGACUCUGACUCUGAUUCCUCGGUGUUAAAACCAAGUCAUCAGUGGUUCAGUCCUUAUCUUCCUUUCAGUGUCUUGGCGGUCUUAGAAUUUCGGUAGUACCAUGUUGGUGCGUGAUUAACCUGUUUGAGAAGAUUAUUUCCCUGGUCCUCAUGGACAGAGCGAGUGCGGAGCUUUUGGUGAUUGGAGUAGUGUUCUUUGGUUCCUGGGCUUCGGUGGCGGCUCGCUAGAGCUUUUUCUUCCUUCUUGGUGGUCUUUAGGCCUGCUUUUGGUAGUUUUGGCUCUCUCUUCUUUGUGCAGGUUCCGAAAUUGUGGUGUUUGCGAUCCUCUAUCUCCAUCCUAAUAAGAGUACUAUUUGGUGUUUGAGGCGUUGAGGACUGCUCCACUCAGCAGUUGGAUCUUUUCUCUAUGAAUUUGUGCGCAGCGGCUCUUUCAAUCGGCGGUUACCGUUGGUGGAAGAGCAUAAUUCUCAUGCGGUGGUGCAGAGUCGCGAUCCGUGCUGCAAAGGUCCCCGCUAGAUCGGUGCGGUUGAAGCACAAGACCAAACCUUUAUCCGGGAUCUCCGGUUUCGAUCGGGCGGAGUUGUCUGUUUUCUUGUGCACCCAUCAGGUUUCCAAAGGGUGUUUGUAGCUGUUUGGGUUGUUUGGUUUGUUAACUUUGGUUAGGACCUCAAAGAAGCUGCAGGAGCGCAGAUGGUUUUUGAGGGCUGGACUACUCUCUGUAGCUUGCGGUAACUUAGAGGGACUGAGCUUGGCGACUUUGUGGGCAGUUCAUUGCAAUCACGUCUUGAGAGUAGGUUCAUUUGUUUGUUUUGUAGUCUUCUCCUCUUCUUCUUCUUCGCUAAUUGUUAUGUUUUUCAUUUAUUUUUAGUAGUUGUUUAGUUUUCAUUUUAUCUUUUUUUUUCUGCUACCAGUUUUCAUUGUAACUUCUGUAAAAAACAAAAAAUCGGUAAUAUAUUUUAACAUGUUUACCAAAAAAAAAUAAAAAAAAAUAAAUUUGUUUUUUUCUAAAUAAUAAAAUUGUAAAAUAUAGUUAAAUUUCACGCCAAUUUAUCUCUAUUUAUUUUAAAUUUAAAUCAAUGUUACUUUUAAUGAUAAAAAUAACUAUUUUUAUUUUUAAAGUGAAUUGGUGUAUAUUUCCUAAUAAAAUUAAAAUACAAAUAUAAAGAUAUUCAGAGAUGAUAUAAUGUAUUAUUAAUUAACUAAAUUUUUAGUCGUGCUUUGAAAGGAUAUAAUUAUUUUAAUUUAAUGAAAAUAAACAUUAAUACUUGAAAAUAUGUAACUUUUAUGUGUAUAAUUACUUUAAAUUUAAUUUAAUAGUAUACAUAAUACAUGUAGUUUUAAAAUUUAGAUAAUUAUUAAAUAAAUUUAAAAUGUAAUGUAUGUAAAACUAUAUAAACUAUAUAAAUUUUUAAAAGCUCUUGGAUUUGGAGGAAAUUAUUAAAAUUGAGGGAUAUCGCUUAUCACUAUCUCAAGGUGGACAUAAGGGAUGGAAGAAGCUGCCACUUCUGGUUUGAUGAUUGGUUGGGAAGGGGUCGCUUGUUAGAUAUCACUGGAGCUGCAGGAACUAUUUAUCUUGGAGUCCAAAGGCACGCCAUGGACAGUGACGCGGUAACAACGGCUGGAUGGAACAUACGGGGUGGGAGAAGCAGACAUUUUCAAGAGCUUCACAAUGUCAUAAUGGCAACAAACGUCCCUCAGACGGAGAGAGGCAGAGAUGUAGUGCUAUGGAGGCACGGAGAUGAUGAUGACAGGGACACUUUUUCAUCAUCUAAUACGUGGGAUCAGCUUAGAACAAAGCGCACUAAAGUAGACUGGCACAGAGUGGUGUGGUUUCCACAAGGAGUGCCACGCUACUCUUUCAUCACCUGGCUAGCUAUAAAAAAUAGGCUAUCUACUGAUGAUCGCAUGAGGCAAUGGGGGAUGAUCCAAGGUUGUGAGCUAUGUGGGGAAAGGGAUGAGACAAGAGAUCAUUUGUUUUUUGCAUGCCCAUAUUCAUACACUAUUUGGGAAGUAACAGCGCGUAAAUUGAUGGGCUCUGGUGUCAAUCCGGAUUGGCAGUGGACAAUACAGCGUUUGGAGACAAUGGGUACAAAAGGAGUUGAUUCAUGCAUUGCUCGACUCCUAUUUCAGACACUCAUCUAUCACAUAUGGCGAGAGAGGAACGCUAGGCGCCACCAGCAACCUCGAAACUCCAUAGGACAGAUGCGCAGGCUCAUAGACAAGGCUAUGAGAAACAAGAUAUAUUCCCUCAAAUAUCAGCCAGAGCACAAGCUAGGAGGAAUGUUAACAAGAUGGUUUGAAAUCACACUUUGAUUUUGGUCUUUUAUAGCUUUAGCAAAUAGAUAACCUCUUAGAAGGCUCCUCGUUGUACAUAACAAUUCUUUUUGAUUAGAUCAUUAAAUUUGAAAUUUCAUUAAAAAAAAACUAUAUAAACUGAAAAAAAAAAUUGUACAUACUUCAGUCACCAAUUCAUCUCUCAAACUUGAUGAUAAUUUAAAAAAAUAAAUAUAACUAUAUUAAAUUUAUUAAAACCCCAUUUACCUUCCUUAUAAAUUAAUAAAAAAAAUAAUAUUCUAAAUCUAUUUAACUUCCUUAUAAUUAAUUUCAACAACUUCCAAUAUAUAGCGAUUUAUUACCUAAAAUACAGCUACUUAAUCCUUAUUAAGACUAAAAAAAUUUUACUUGCAAAAAGAUAAUGGUUUAUUCUGAUCAUAGCUGUUGAAUACACAUCUUGACUCUAUUACAUAGAUGUACGAAAUUAGCAUAUAUUUUAUAAUUGGGUAUAUAAUCUUGAGAUAUACGAACUCCCUACACAUAAUUAACAUGUAAAGACGAUAAAAUAUAGCUACUUAAAUUAGAAUCAAGAUCAAAAACUCUAUAUCUAUGUUCAGAUCCAUACACUCGAAUUGAGCAUAAAAUUUUAUCGGGUUCCUAAUAUUGUUAUUUGAACCAAACCAAGAUAAUAAACCCUGUUAAACCCAAAAUUAAAAAUAACCAAGCCAUUACUAUAUUUUUUGAACCAAAAAAAUCUAUAAUCGGACCAUAAUCAAACCAAAAACCAAAAAAAUACAAUCUUAACGCAAACCGAAAUUUAUAAAUUAUCAUCAAAUUAUAAUUUUUUUUAUUAAAAAAAGAUAUAUAUAUAUAUAUAUAUAUAUAUAUAUAUAUAUAUUAAUAUAAAUAAUCCCGCGCAACUGCGCGGGUUAGAAUCUAGUGUUUUUCUUAAAAGACCAUUGUUCUUUAUAUUGGCCCGUAAUAAAAUAAAAAAUUUGUCAAAUUAUUAACACAUAUAGCUCAGUCUAUUCCUUAAUUUAUUUUCUUCAUGUUUGAAAGAAUUUGUUUUUAAAAGAUAUUUGUUUUUAACUUUGAGGAACAAAUUGACCAAAAAAUCAUAUUCUCUAUUUAUUUGGUUCUUUAAAUGAAAAUUGUCAAUUAUAUUCCUUCAUACGGUUCUAACAAAUUAAAAUUUAAAUAAAUUACUAAAAGAAUAUUCUAAUAAAACAUGAUUAAAUUAUCAUAAUAAUAAUUAAUAUUUUGUCAAAACACCGUCUCAUAAAUUUUAAUCAAAAACAUACAACCAUAAUUUCCUACCUUAAAUAUCAUUUCACAAUAUUUUCGAUAUUAUGAAUUGCAUGCAAACAAAAUUAGUUCUCAUAUAAGGAACAUUUUGUGUAAGCAUGUUGAUUGUUCAUUUUAAUUUGUAAGCAUAUUAUAUCAAUCUGGUCUAACGUCCAACUAAAUAUAGUUUGACGAAGAAAAUGACCACAUCUAUAAUAGUAAAUCUAGAGAAUAGCAAAUAGCCUUCGAAAUUUUAGCAAAUCUCUUUUACUAUUCAUCCAUGACCAUAAAUUUAUAUAAAUUUAUCGGACCAUUUUUCGCUUUAAUACCUAAAUUUAGGCUUCAUAAACAUCUAUAUAAUUUACUUCUCACAGAAAACACAAUCAUAUAAAACAAAACAAAAACAAAAAAAAAAGAUAAUAAUCUCAUCUACUUUUCUCUUCUUCAAAAAUAAAAUGGCAAAAAAUUCAUUAGCCAUAUAUCUAAUGUUACUAAUUGCAUUGAGCACUGUUUAUGAAACACAAGGAACAUUCUCAUUACCUCUUUACUUGAAGAAUUUUCCAAAAGUAGGCCAAGAUUUUGAGUCUUUCGCUUACAAAGGUAUGAAGGAUUUCAUGGGAGACUUGGAAGGCAAAUGUCCUGAGACCACAGAGUUUAAGGAUUUUUUUGUAAAGCUAAAGGAUUACAUGGCAUGUUACAGUUCGACAUCACCCGGGUCAAAAGAUCUCCAAGUUGAGCUGUCAAUAAAAUCUGAGAAACUAUACAGGGCUAUGUCUGCUUUUAGUGGAACUAAAGGGGGAACAUCAGAGGAUUCAUGGACGCUGGUGGAUGGCUUAUUGUCAAUG